GGUGCCAUUUCCCACACGAAGACACCGUCCGCAUCGCAGAUUGCCAUUCGUGCCAGUCUCAUCCUCAAUGUGUCACUUCAAUCGGGUUCGCGUAGCCACUCGGAUUGAGCUCUGCCCACCACCACUCAGCACUAACCUCGACUGGACACAUUUCCCCACCCCAGAAGAGAAAAUCACGCUUUUUGCAACGACGGCAAGCAGCAAGCUUCUUUGCUUUGACAAGUCUCUUUUCCGCAGGCAGCGUGUCGACCUUUUUUUUUUAUUUUUUGCAGUGGACGACGACACCCUAAGAAUGGAUUUCGUAACAGUUGCAGUGUCUUUGCACAUACUUGUCAGCCCCGCUUGGGCUUUCUCCCAUCACUCCUUCAUGGACAGAUUCUUCACGCCUCACUCAGUCGUCACCUUGCCGGAUAAACCAAUCAAGUUUCAGCCAUGUUGUCUGACGUCGCCACCUCCUCCUCCGCUCUACCCGCCGCCACCACCUCAGCUCUGGAAGCAAGGCAAACCUGACGGUGGCGGCACAUCAGCGCCAGCAGUGUUUCGAGGAGAGGAGCAGCAAAAUGAACAUCCGGGUUGCCCAGCUGGGCCACCAGGAGCACCAGGACCCCGUGGCCCAGAGGGUGACCUUGGAUUACCUGGCAUAAGAGGACCAAAAGGGGAAAAGGGAGAAAUUGGGCGUCCGGGGUCAAAGGGUCGCACUGGAGCGCCGGGGCUUCCAGGGAAACAAGGACUGCCAGGAUGGCCUGGUCCACAGGGAGCCAUGGGUGAAAAAGGAGACCAGGGCCUCAUGGGACUACCAGGAUUGAGGGGACCCCCAGGAAUGAAGGGUAUGACUGGCUACAGGGGAGAGAAGGGGGACAGUGGAAAUCCAGGUAUACCGGGAUUAAAAGGUGAUCAAGGCACUACCGGUUUGCCGGGGAUGCUGGGUCAAAAGGGAGAACAAGGACCAAAGGGAGAGCCAGGCGUCCCGGGCAAAAGAGGACCCACUGGGCGACCUGGGAAGAGAGGCAAGCAGGGGGAAAUGGGACAAACUGGAGCUUCGGGACUUAUGGGCAAACCUGGGCCCCCGGGUCCAAACGGCCCCCCCGGUCCACCUGGACCACGGGCCCCCGGUCUCUAUCUAGCCGGGGAAAAGGGUGAGAAGGGUCUUCCGGGCCCACCCGGCCACUGUGAGUGUGACACUUUCCUUGUAGCGAACAAUGCUCCUCCUGGAAGCGACGCACAUGAGGAGAGCCCCAAUCAAGUCCCCGCCAUAUUCGUCGUGAGCAACGAGGAGGAGCUUGGCCGUCUCCAUCUGGAUCAGGCGAUCGCGUUCAGGAAGGAUCAGAAGGCACUUUAUUUUCGAGAUGAAGACGAAUGGAAGCUCAUACAGCCCUCGCAGCAGUUUCAGUCCACCGAGAACAGAGCCGGCGCGUGCGGGGAUGGGAAAGUGCAGCCAGAGGAUGGAGAGGAAUGCGAUGAUGGAAACCAAAUUGUCACCGAUUCCUGUCUGAACUGCAAAUGGGCCUAUUGUGGAGACGGUUAUCGACAUGAAGGCAUGGAGGAGUGCGAUGGAAAAGACUUUGGCUAUCAGACGUGCAAAUCCUAUCUUCCUGGGUCUUUUGGCCAGCUCAGGUGCACCGAGGCCUGCGUCAUCGACUCCACCGUCUGCAAGUACUUCACCUGAACAGAACGCAAGGUGCAAACGUUUGCAGCUCGUCUUCAUCAUUCAAAGUGUGGUGGUCGGGGCGGGGGGGGAGUCCCACCUCAGAUUUCACUUGAAGUCUCACCUCAUGUCCCUGAUUAUUACUUGAUGGACUGAGAGAGGGCCAACAGGAGUCCCUUCUGCUCUGUGCCAUGAGAUGACGAACGGGAAUCCGCAUUUGGAUCGGCUGUGGAUCAUUUUGUUGGCCUCGGGGAUCUGCUUCUCGCUCAACUUGAUACGAAGGGAAACACUUCAAUGAUUGUAUGGAAUGACUUGUUGGCUGUUAUCACGGAUACAUGCGGAGCAUCUUUUAUAAGGAGAAGAAAAUUAUAUUACUACCACGGAAUGCUUUAAACAUGUGCAAUAUAUGAGAAAUCCUCUAUUUCGAAGGUGAAAUGAUGUGCUAUUGCAUGACAACGUGUUUAAACCGAGCUGUCAAUAGAGUAGCCAAAGUUUGAAUUUUUUGAUGAAAACUUAAAAGAGCAAUAUAGUAGCAUGUCAAACACUGUCGGACUGGAUAUUAAAAAAAAUUAUAAACGACACAUUAACCUUUACACACGCUUCAUUUUCCAUACACAUAUUUAUCGUGUCAACUUUGACCUGAGGCAAGAAAAUCAACGAAUGACAGAUCUUUUAAAAAUGUUUAACGAUUAAUAGCCUGUGACAUUAAUAAAUGGAUGAUUAAUCCCGUACCAAUGUUUCGGAUGAAAGGCCAAA